ACUUAUCCUUUAACUAUAAAUUUUAUUCAAUCUUCUCUCAGAAUAGAAGUCUCCAGAUAAUAGGCACUUUCUCUGUCUAUCCUCGUUUAUAAGUUUAUAACCCACCCUCUCUCAUCAGCUUCCAUUUCUGUAACCCUAAUCGCGAGGAUCACUCGAUCCAAAUAAAAAAAAUCUUCUCGUUCUGCUUGAAAUUUUGCGAUGGCGGAGCAUUUGGCGUCAAUUUUUGGUACAGAGAAGGACAGGGUGAACUGCCCAUUCUACUUCAAGAUCGGCGCGUGCAGGCACGGCGACCGCUGCUCCCGCCUCCACACGAAACCGAGCAUCAGCCCCACACUCCUGCUCUCCAACAUGUACCAGCGCCCCGACAUGAUUACUCCCGGUGUCGACGCUCAGGGACAGCCGAUCGACCCCAAAAAGAUGCAGGAACACUUCGAGGAUUUUUAUGAAGAUUUGUUUGAGGAGCUUAACAAAUACGGGGAGAUUGAAAGCUUGAAUGUUUGCGACAAUCUAGCUGAUCAUAUGGUUGGCAACGUUUAUGUCCAAUUUAGGGAGGAAGAGCAUGCUGCGAAUGCUCUUAAAAAUCUGACUGGACGGUUCUAUGCAGGGCGCCCCAUCAUUGUUGAUUUCUCUCCUGUGACUGAUUUUCGUGAAGCCACCUGUAGGCAGUAUGAGGAGGAUGCAUGUAACCGUGGUGGCUACUGUAACUUCAUGCAUCUGAAAAGGAUUAGCAGGGAGUUGAGGCACCAAUUAUUUGGGAGGCGUAGGAGUAGACACGGCCAUAGCAGGAGCAGGAGUCCAUAUCGGCACCGUAGCUAUGAUGACCGUUCACAUGGGAGUCGGAGUCAGAGCAGAAGGUAUGAUGACCAUGAUCACCAUGACAGUCGAAGGAGGCGCAAGAGCACAAGUCCAAGAAGUAGGAGGGGUAGAAGCCGAAGUCCAGGUGGCAGGAGGAAUCGUAGUCCUAUUAGGGAAGGAAGUGAAGAGAGGCGUGCUAAGAUUGAGCAGUGGAAUAGGGAGAAGGAAGAAGCAGAACGUGCUAGCAGCAAGGCAAAUACUGGUGGUGAGGACCAUAGAGCUAAAAAUGACCACUACGACAAUGAUGGUGGAAACGAUGAACCAACUCAGCAUAAUGGAUAUGGAUAUUGACGAUAUUAGAACUGGUUUGUUCUCGCUCUCUCUCCACCUUUAUUCUGGAUUUGUUCACAGUGAACAGUUUUCAUUACGAAUGACCUGUCUUAAAAAAUAGCUUACUGCGCAUUUUCCACUGUGCAGGUGGUGUGCAGGUUUUCAAUUCUGUCAUAUGGAACAUGAUAAUUUUUUUUGCUAACUUUAUGUUUCUUAGUUAUCUCUCUUGAUUAUGUCGUGAUUUUUUUUACUUUUUUGCUGAGAGGUGUUGUAUGAUUUUGGGUGUCCACAAAUAUCGCCUUCAGCCCUAAACCUUUUGAAGCCUAGAGCUGUAUUUUUCUUUUUGACUUUUAGUUCCCGCCCGUCUCCUUUAAGUCAAAUUUACCUCCUUGAUCCAUUUAUAUGUUUGUAUGUCAUCUGUGCUAGGAAGCUAUGCUAGCUCUGAUAUAUAUUUCCUAAAAUGGUAUUGGUACUCUUCUAGCUGUGCUCAUGAUUUUGUGUGCACACAACAUCAUUGUCUUGUAUUUCUACAAAAAGUUUUAAUGCAAGUUUCAUAACCUCUCCUACUUUAGGAAUAUCUGUAAUAUUGAUAAACAGUUCAGUGUUUCAUGAGAUUUCAUUUCUUGCAUGUCUAUAUUGGCUAUUGGAGGGUUCUUCAUUAUUUCAGUUGCAUCUUUGCCUCUCAUGACUUCCCAUUACCGACCUUGCUAAUUUGGCCUGUGUCUGCCUUAGUUGUUCCUUGUAAAGCAUUGUGUCUGUGUUUGUGUGUGCAGUCAGGUAUCCUGUAGCCACAAAACAACGAGGCUAGUGAGUUUUCGCAUAUUGUUCCAAUUUUUUUUUCCGAGUAUAUAUAGUUGCAGAUCUCACCCCGAUUUACUAGUUUUGCAGGUCCAGGUACCCUGCUUAGAAAGAUAUUGAGCACAGAUUUUAAUUAUAGGUUACCAUGGAAAUUGUACAGGUAAUUUGGUUGCAGUGACGGAAGCGUUGUAAUUGCAGGGCGACGUCGGCUUGAGGCUCCCGUGGAGGUUGAGUUGUAGAUUCCAAAAUUAUUACUUAAUUUUUUCUUUCUAGGGACAUGCAGAUGCUGUUGGACCGUUGGUUUUCAUUUGGCUAGUUUGAUCCGCUUUCGCCUAUUUUGGUAGAGAACCAAUGUUGUAAUUCUGUAUCUUGUAUCUCUUUCCUCUUUUCUUUUCACAUUUCUGUAGUGUUUUCUAGACUCUGAUAACUACCUAGAAAUGCGUUUCUACGAGAUUAUCAAGGAAUUUACAACAUGAUUCUGAAUA